UCCAAAUCCAAGGCGUCAAGGACGUUGUUUAAAUUUUCCUCUGAUUUUUGUCUGCAAAAUUUGUAACUGCGAGUAGGCGACGGCGACGGUGACCGGCGGAGAAGUUCAAAAGCAAUAAAGAUGGUGGAGGCAAGGGAUAGCAAGUUAUCAUCGCACUGGUGGUGGUUUGAGGCUGAGAACAACACCUACAAAAAUCGCUCCCCAUGGCUUCAAUCAACACUUGCAGAGCUGGAUAGGAAGACGAAUGCAAUGCUAAGGAUAAUCGAGGGAGAUGCGGAUUCCUUUGCCCAGAGAGCAGAGAUGUUUUACAAGAAACGGCCUGAGCUCAUCAGUAUGGUUCGGGACUAUUACAGAGCCCAUUGCUUAUUAGCCGAGGGAUAUGAUCAAGUGAAGUCUGAAUCUGGUGCCCGGCUUUUAACACCGUGGGCAUUGCCAUUAACCAACAUCAAAUGUCAGGCCGAGAAGCCAGUAGUGAGCUCGAUUGAUAAAGCGUAUGAUAGCUAUUCUGAAACCUUUGACCUCGAGGAGUCUGAUCUGUCUGAGGUUGAUGACCCCGAGCCAGAAGAAGUUAAAAAGGAAGAUUCACAUUCAGUCUGUAUUGGCGAAGCGUUGAAGCUGAGGGAAGAGAUCGAGAGAAUGAAAGAAGAAGCUCGAGCGCUGAAAGAUAUGAAGAGAGAUGAGAUUGACAAUGGUGAAGUGGCAAAGCUGAAGGAAGAGAUGGAGAGACUCAAAGAAGAGAAUAGAAUUCAAAAGGAAGUUCUGGUGCAGAAAGACGAAGAGAAACGGGAGGCCAUCAGACAACUCAGUUUGGCUAUGGAUUUGCUGAGGGAAGAGAACAAAAGUCUGAGGAAUAGAAUCCCCUCGAACGUUGGUACUAGGAACUCCCAUCAAUCUCCCAAGUCGAAGGUACCAAUACCGAAAGAAGCAUUCUGGAGGAGGUUCUUCAGUGGACCUCCAAAGGCAGAAGUUAGUUUGGUUACUUUCUAGACUCCAGACUUCAUUCUAUCCCAGUAAUCUUAGGCAGGGCAGCAGCAUGUAGUAUAAUGACAUAUAGAGAGGACAAUAUGCUCUAAAUCUUAUUUCAUUUGUAAGGAUUCCUUGUAGUGUAUGAUGGCUGAUGUUAACUAAUCUAUCCUUUAUAUUGUUCUUGCAAAUUCUGAUUUUGUACUGUUAACCCAUUA